AUGGCAGACGAGUCACCUGACCUGUUUUCUGUUAAUGAAAAUUCUCGUCAAGAUUUUAGUAAGCCCUUAGCUAGAAAUGAGUGUAGGGUAAAGCAACAUGAUUCCGUCAUUCUCAAUCAAGAGCUAAUUUCAACCUCCAUACUCGAGAUUGACCUGACACAACAACACCCUAACAAAUCUGCGAAUGUCAACAUGCCUGAACGUACAACAAUAAGAACACUAAGUGAAAGUGAGAAAAUUGAAUUUCUGAGACAAAGACGUGGCAAAAAGCCCAUUCUGGCACCAGGAACGAUUGAAAAGAUAGCUGUACCUGUCAAACGUAUUAAAAUUCAGCAUGUAUCGCAAGACACGACCAAGACACGACCGAUGGCGACUAUCAUUUCAACAUGUGAAAACAAGACAUUGGCAAAACAAUCGCCGGGUUAUAUUGAAAAACUGGCGACACCAGUACUACAAAUAGAUGUAUCAAAAGCAAGUGCUCCAGCUAAACCUCCGACAACAAGUUCCUCUCAGUCACGACUAAUUGCCUCUCUACAAUCACAGGCAGUUGCAAAUGGUCUUCCUGAAACUAUUCAUGAAGUAACAAGAGGCAAAGGUGGGCUUCGAAAGAUUUCGCCAAUGGUAGACCCACAGUCUAGUGGUGUUUCAACACCUGGACAAGAUGGUCGGGAAGCUCGGCAAGGAAAACGUUUUCGAAAGAUUAUACCGAAAAUGGUACCAACUUCUAGUGAUGCAAAUAGUCUCCCUGAAACUAUCCAUGAAGUAACAAGAGGCAAAGGUGGGCUUCGAAAGAUUUCGCCAAAAGUAGACCCACAGUAUAGUGGUGUUUCAACACCUGGACAAGACGGUCGGGAAGUUCAGGAAGUAAAACGUAUCGUGCUACCAGCUUCUAGUGAUGCAAAUAGUCCUCCUGAAACUAUUCAUGAAGUAACAAGAGGCAAAGGCGGGCUUCGAAUGAUUUUGCCAAAGGUAGACCCACAGGCUAGUGGUGUUUCAACACCUGGACAAGAUGGUCGGGAAGCUCGGCAAGGAAAACGUUUUCGAAUGAUUUUGCCGAAAAUGGUACCAACUUCUAGUGAUGCAAAUAGUCUCCCUGAAACUAUCCAUGAAGUAACAAGAGGCAAAGGUGGGCUUCGAAAGAUUUCGCCAAAAGUAGACCCACAGUAUAGUGGUGUUUCAACACCUGGACAAGACGGUCGGGAAGAUCAGGAAGGAAAACGUAUCGUGCUACCAACUUCUAGUGAUGUAAAUAGUCCUCUUGAAACUAUUAAUGAAGUAACAAGAGGCAAAGGCGGGCUUCGAAUGAUUUUGCCAAAGGUAGACCCACAGUCUAGUGGUGUUUCAACACCUGGACAAGACGGUCGGGAAGUUCAGGAAGUAAAACGUAUCGUGCUACCAACUUCUAGUGAUGCAAAUAGUCCUCCUGAAACUAUUCAUGAAGUAACAAGAGGCAAAGGCGGGCUUCGAAUGAUUUUGCCAAAGGUAGACCCACAGUCUAGUGGCGUUUCAACACCUGGACAAGAUGGUCGGGAAGCUCGGCAAGGAAAACGUUUUCGAAUGAUUUUGCCGAAAAUGGUACCAACUUCUAGUGAUGCAAAUAGUCUCCCUGAAGCUAUCCAUGAAGUAACAAGAGGUAAAGGUGGGCUUCGAAAGAUUUUGCCAAAAGUAGACCUACAGUAUAGUGGUGUUUCAACACCUGGACAAGACGGUCGGGAAGUUCAGGAAGUAAAGCUUAUCGUGCUACCAACUUCUAGUGAUGCAAAUAGUCCUCCUGAAACUAUUCAUGAAGUAACAAGAGGCAAAGGUGGGCUUCGAAUGAUUUUGCCAAAGGUAGACCCACAGUCUAGUGGUGUUUCAACACCUGGACAGGAUGGUCAGGAAGUUCGGGAAGGAAAACGUUUUCGAAAGAUUUUGCCGAAAAUGGUACCAACUUCUAGUGAUGCAAAUAGUCUUCCUGAAACUAUCCAUGAAGUAACAAGAGGCAAAGGUGGGCUUCGAAAGAUUUUGCCAAAAGCAAACCCACAGUAUAGUGGUGUUUCAACACCUGGACAAGAUAGUCGGGAAGUAAAACGUUUCCGAAAGAUUUUACCGAAAAUAGUACCAACUUCUAGUGAUUUGAGGCCUAGUAACGUAUUAGGAGUUCCACGAAAAGGAAAAGAAACUUCUGAAGGAAAACAAACUGGAUGUAUUCAAAAGCCAUUGCGGAAGAUUGGAUCAAUGACUGGUGAUGUGAUCCCUACACACACAACUGGAGUUCCAUCAUCAGGGGAAGAGAGUCCUGGGAUAACAUUAGAGCGACACCUUCCAAUAAUUUUGUCAAAGUCAAGAAAAAGGUCUAAUAACGUAAAGCCUACGAGCAUAAGAGGAGUUCCAACACCUGGAAGAGAUAAUUCUGGAGUAAAAUCGGAAAGACCGAUUCAGACACUUCUGCCCAAGGUGGGACGAGCUUCCAGUGAUGUAAUUACUGCGGACGUGAGUAAAUUGUCAUCAACAGACUAA